ACUGGACACGAAGGACCUCAUUUGGACUGCUACCAAUUUAUCAACAUUAUUGUCAUAAUUAAUAAAAAACACAACACAACUGCGGUAAAUGGAGUUGCUUAAGAACCUGCAUCUUUGAUAACCACAUCAGCGCUUUGAAUGUUUUUUGUGGUUCCCAUUGUUGGAUAAUGGGUUUAGCAAAGUUCAUUUGUCUGCUGCUUGGAAUUAUUGCACAAACGAGCUACGUCUCAGCUCUUGAUCUUCGGUUUAUGCCUGAUCCACCAACUUUGAACAUCUAUGGCAUCCACAGAAUAAAUAAGACAGACACUCUGGAGCUCAUCUGCAGGGGCCGUCAGUACAUAAAAUGGGGCAUACCUACCAUUGCCAGCCGGUUUUCCAUCAGUGACUGCAGUGGGUCAGGCCUCUUCUGCUCCUCUGUGCUCAUCACAAAUGCCACAGUGAAUGAAACAGGCUCGUACCAAUGCUCCUACAAGGACAUGAAGGUUGAGGAGGGAAAGACAUCUGCUUCUGUCUAUGUUUUUGUACAUGAUUACAAGACACCGUUUGUGCCCUCGGAAAAAGACUACGAGGUGGUGUUUAUACGUGAAGGAGUGAAAGUGGUCAUCCCCUGCAGAGGCUCAGUGGAGAAUCUCAACGUUACACUUCAUACUAAGUAUCCAAAUAAGGAGCUUUACCCGGAUGGCAAAGACUCACUGUGGGAUUCCCAGAAGGGCUUCACUGUUCCCAGUCAUCUCGUCAGCUACUCUGGUGUCGUCUUCUGCCAAACGCGCCUCGGCAACGAGACCUUCAAGUCUCCUUUGUACAUCGUAGCAGUUGUUGGAUAUAAGAUCUAUAAUCUGACCCUGAGCCCGACCCAGGUCCGGCUCUCUGUGGGGGAGCGUCUGGUCCUCAACUGCUCUGCCAGCACCGAGCUCAACGUGGGCAUCGAGUUCAACUGGACCCACUCCGGACACGCUCUGACAUCUGAAAACACAUCCAAAGUCAUCCACACUACUCCCCAUAAGAAGAAGCUGUGGAACUCGUUGGAGCUGUCGAACACUCUGACUGUGGAGAACGUGAGCGUGGAGCACAGCGGAGAGUACACCUGCUCUGCCUCUAGCGGCCUCAUGGAGAAGAGCGCUACGGCUAUACUCAAAGUCUAUGAGAAACCUUUUAUUGAAAUGAAGGGGCCAUGGACAAGUGUUUGGGAGGUGAACGUUGGUGACAAGACACCCAUCGUUAUCCCAGUCAGAUACACUGCCUAUCCUGAACCCAACUUUAAAUGGUUAAAAAAUGGAGUCCCUUUGAAAGAGGACUACAGGAUCAGACAGAAGAGUGAUGCCUUGGUCAUCCGUGAAGUCAAAGAGAUGGAUGCUGGGAAUUACACCAUGAUCCUGACCAAUAAGAUCAGUAAAGAAGAACAGAGGCGGGCCUUUCAGCUCAUGGUCAAUGUGCCUCCUCACAUCAUAGAGAAGGAGGUUGCCAUGGACACUGACCUUUACCCAUUUGGCAGCAGUCCCACUCUGUGGUGCACGGUCCGUGGUGUCCCGACUCCAGCUCAGAUCCAGUGGCAGUGGAUGCCCCAGGAGGACUGCCCAGGCGCAUUCUCUUCAGGGCUGAUGAAGACUGGAGCCAAGCUGAAGUCCUGUACUAACUGGAGAGACAUCAAAAACAACACUGGAUACAACAAAAUAGACCAAAUUUCCAGCAACACCGACCCUGCCAAUAAGAAAAUAAUGAGCUCUCUGAAGAUAAAGAAUGCAGUGGAGCAUGCUCUAUACAGAUGUGUGGUUGCAAACAAAGCAGGGGAAGAUUCACGCAUCAUCUUCUUUCACGUGACACGUGGUCUUGAGUUGACUGUUUCUCCUCCCGACGAGCUCUUAGAGGAGGAUGAUGUGCUGCUGCGUUGUAAAGCUGACAGACUCAUCUAUGGGAACUUGGCCUGGUUCAGGGUGCACAACAUUUCAGACUCAGACCCGGUGGCCUCAGCACUGCCCUGUCGCUCUCUGGUCCUACACCAGACGGCCCUCUCUCACACUGUCCUGUCUCACAGUCGGGACAGUAACAUGAGCCUGGAGCUCCUCCUGCCACAGGCCUCUGCUCAGGACCAGGGGGUCUACGCCUGUCAGGUGCAAAACAACAAGACUGGGGAGAAGACAUGCCUGCUCCGACGCAUCACGCUCAAAGGUCUUGAGCCUGCAAGGAUCCUCAAUAACCUGACUGACCAGAGGGUGAACAUGAGUACCACAGUGACGUUUAUCUGUGACACUGCUGGGACCCCAAAGCCCACUGUGAUUUGGACAAGAACAAACCACACUGUAGCAGAGGGAUCCGGUGUCAUUCUGAGCCAGGACAACAAUAUUCUGACAAUCCAGCGUGUAAAAAAAGAGGACAGUGGUCUGUAUACCUGCACUACCUGUAACAGCAGAGGGUGUGACAUCGCACAAGCAUUUCUUAGUACAGAAGGUGUGGAAGAGAAGACCAACGUAGAGCUGAUCGUUCCCAUUGGUUCUGUGGUCAUCGCCAUGUUUUUUUGGUUACUCAUCGCCUUUGUCAUUCGUGGCAGAAAACGAUCCACUGGUGGAGAUCUGAAGACAGGAUAUCUCUCUAUGAUCCUGGAUGCAGAGGACAUGCCCAUGGAUGAGCAAUGUGAAAGACUCACGUAUGAUGCCAACAAGUGGGUUCCUCGAGACAGACUCAAACUAGGGGAGCCACUGGGACGGGGAGCAUUUGGCCAGGUCGUUGAAGCAGCUGCCUUUGGGAUUGAAAAAGCAACAACCUGCACGACUGUUGCAGUGAAGAUGCUCAAAGAGGGCGCCACUGCGAGCGAAUACAGAGCUCUGAUGUCUGAACUGAAAAUCCUCAUUCAUAUUGGACACCAUCUCAAUGUGGUCAACCUGUUAGGGGCCUGUACUAAACCUGGAGGACCCCUGAUGGUGAUUGUGGAAUACUGUAAACAUGGAAACCUCUCUAGUUAUCUGAAGAGUAAGAGAGGAGAGUACAGCCCCUAUAAAAGGAAGCGUGUAAACAGCCGUCGUUGGGCCCGCUCAGAUGACGACAUGACUGAAGGAGACCUGGGUUUGGGGAAGAUCGCUCAGUUGGACAUCUGCACCGGGACCGCAGUGUGCUCCACUACAGGAGAAAGGGCUUCAAACAAUACCAUGGACUCUCCUGAGGAGAGCUCAGAUGAUGACCACCUGACCAUGGAGGACCUGAUAAGCUAUAGCUUCCAAGUGGCCAAAGGCAUGGAGUUCUUGUCCUCACGAAAGUGCAUCCAUCGAGAUCUAGCAGCCCGAAAUAUCCUGCUCUCUGAAAACAAUGUGGUGAAGAUCUGUGACUUUGGCCUGGCUCGUGACGUCUACAAAGACCCAGACUAUGUUCGCAAGGGAGAUGCGCGUCUACCUCUGAAGUGGAUGGCCCCUGAGACGAUAUUUGACCGUGUUUACACCACGCAGAGUGAUGUCUGGUCGUUUGGGGUUCUGCUUUGGGAGAUCUUUUCGUUGGGAGCGUCGCCGUAUCCUGGAGUGUGCAUUGAUGAAUCUUUUUGUAGAAGACUUAAAGAGGGGACAAGAAUGAGACCUCCAGAGUAUGCCACAACAGAAAUAUAUCAAACCAUGUUGGACUGCUGGCUGGAUUGCCCCACAGACCGGCCCACAUUUGCAGAGCUGGUGGAGCAUUUGGGAAAUCUGCUUCAAGCCAGUGCACAACAGGAUGGGAAAGACUAUAUUCCAGUGACGGAGGGUUGUCUCGUGACCUCUGACCCCAGGAGCCUGUACAGUUCAGCUCAGAGUGGAGAGACACUGGCUGCGCAGCACUACGACCAUCCUCUGUCUAUUGGAGUGUCCCAGGAGAGCGAGAGGAACAGUCUCAAGACGUUCGAGGACAUCCCAGUAGAGCACAGCAGUGUCAUGGAGGGACAUUUAGACUGCAGCUUGGGCUUCUCACCUGAAGAAGUGAAAGGUCUGGAUCCUCAGCUCAGCACCACACCUAAUCUCAGUCAGUUGCUGCGCUGUAAGAGUAAAGAAUCGCUGGGUUCUGAAUCAUCCAAUCAAACAAGUGGAUAUCAGUCAGGAUACCACUCUGAUGAUGCUGAGAUGCCCAUCUACGCCAAUGAGGAGGUCAUCCUGAAACACCACAAAAUGAAGAAGCCCCCGCGCCCCAGGGCAAUGGAGAAGUACCACCCAGAAAUCCGCUACAGCACCCCUCCUGUCUGACCUCUGAACCCUCUCUUGUACAUACUGUAUGAUCAUUAUACUUCACACUUUGAGGUAUUUGCACACUGAUAAUUUAAACAUCCCAUGUUACGCUUUUUCAGUUGUUUUUUGAAUAAUUAUCUAAGAGCAUUUCCACUCAUGACGGUAAGAUGACGGGUUGAAGCUCUUUGGACAGCCUGAGGAAUGUGAUCAUGUUUACACAGAGUAAAGUGUUAGGUUUAUGGAGCGCCCACUUCCUCAAGCACUGCCCACCGACAUCCUGACGCACUGGAAACGGCAUCUGCAAAUGUUAGAUAAAUCUUUUUUUUUUUUCUCUUUUCAUUCUUUGUUUCUCUUGUUGACGCUUGGUGCAGAUUGGAGCUUGCAGAUAAUAAUGAACUAUAUGUCUUUAAAAUCACAACUGUACAGUUUCAGACAUAGUAUAUUUUACAAGUGUAUUUACUAAACGUCAAUAAAUGUAACUAGUUUUAUAAAUAAAAUAACAUACUGUAUAGAA